UCAGGCCAACUCUUCAGUGCCGACAUCACUAUGUUAUGUUUGUCAAUUUGUCGUCAUUUGUCAUUGUUUGUCAGUAAGAAUGAAAUUUUCAAUGUUCCCAUAACUUGUUCACUGAUGCCGACUUUUUUUCAGAGUCUCCAUUGUCGAGCUAUACCUGCAGAAGUUCUUCGAACUACUGGUUGGCCGCGCCAACGCACCUGGCAAUGGGCCUUCGAUGGUUGUAAAAGACGCAUCUGGCGACUUCAAUCUGCGGGGCCUCACAGAGGAAGUUGUCGAGACCGAGGAACAGCUACUGUCACUGCUGCAACGAGGCGAGAUGAACCGGCAGGUGCGACCUACCCCCCGGAAUGCCCGCAGCUCCAGGUCACACGUCAUCUUUAGAAUCAGAGUCGAGUAUGUGGAGGCGAGUUCUUCAGAUGGCGACGUGGCUGCGACAGGGGCGCACCUCCUCAUCGUCGACCUUGCCGGGUCUGAGAAGAUGUCGAACCCUGGCGGCCUUAAGGACGAAAUCUCGAAUGAAGGGAUCAAAAUUCAGCUGGAGGCGUCGCUGGGGGUGGAGGCGCCGGUGGAGGAGGAGGCGCCGGUGGGGGUGGAGGUGUCGCUGGGGGNAGGAGGGUGA